AUGGUGUCCAACCUUACCCGGAGCUGGCAGAAGUGGGUGUCCGAGAUCAAAGACAAGCUGGCCAAGGAACCUAUCAGCUGGGCUCCUGACCCCCUAAGAGAGCUUUGGGGCAAACCACCAAAGACACCAAGCACCACUAAAUUAGGAACCUGGCAGAAGGUUUGUCCCUGUCAGGAUCCCACUGCUGGCCACCACAUACCUGCUGCUCAGAACAACACUUCAGCUACCAAGCAGGAGUCUCAAGGCAAUUCUCCUCCUUCCCAAUUGGAGGGUAAAAUUAAGACCCCUCUAGUGCCUAUACGGGAGUCCCGGAUCAAGACCAAGUAGGUGGUGAAGACUGUGACCAGUGGCGUUCAGGAGAGGAGUGUGGGAACUACAUUUCUGACCGAGCUCAUUUGUAUGGAGGCUCCACCGCCAGGGGAGGAGAUAGACAGGACACUGAGUAAGAGGGGGUCGCUCGCACUCCACAGAAAGUGCUCCAAAGUAUCGAAACUGACCCGCAGCUGGAAGCAGGAGAAGAAUGUAACGAGAAUUUGGAGAUGGGCACACGUGGACACAGAGGAAAACAUCUCUAAACCUGGACAGACAGACAGCACUGGGUCAUCCGGGGAGGCCAUGCAGAGGGAUAGUGACGACAUCUCACCUAAAGGGGAAGUUGAGUCAUGGGUGAGGGUCAAAAGACCCUCCAGCUCAGUGAGCAAAAAGGAGUUGAAUGACGCCAACAGGAUCAACGCUCUCUCAAAGAAGUACAGUGCCGUGGGCAAUCUGAAAAGCCGCUGGCAGAACUGGUCCUCGACGAACACCGUCAACCAGAAGCUCAACCCCUUCAGUGAGGACUUUGACUAUGAAUACUCCAUGUCCCUACGCCUCCACAAAGGCGAGGAGGGUUACGGACGCCCCAAGGAGGACACCAAAACAAACAGCCGAACGUGCCAAGGUGAGAUAGCCGACAUGUGCUAUGUGAUCAGGACUAUGAACGACCCAGAUCCGGACGUGAAGACCCACGUCACUUUCAGAGAACUGUUUGAUAGAUACGUACGCGUCUCUGACAAGGUGGUGGGGAUUCUUCUGAGAGUCAAGAGGCAUGGGAAGGUGGCGUUCGAGGGGGAGAUGCUGUGGCAAGGGCAGGAUGAUGGUGUUAUCAUCACCCUGUCGGUGUGACUUCCUCUCUUGUGGAACCAAGUGUAUUCGGAAAGUAUUCAGACCCAU